GGCAGGUGAAGGCCGGUGUCUGGCUCUGCUGCCAGGCGUUUCCUGCCCCACCCCCAGCUCCACGCCAUUCAUUCCUCCGUGCCGGUGCCGCAGGAGACAACUGAAGCUUGUAAACGCAGCUGGCUCUCCCUGCCGGCUGCAGAGACUAGACAGGGCCCUCAGAAGGGGACUGUUGCCCGCCCAGGCCCCUUCGCCACAGACUCUGUGGACAGGGGUGGGGGACGCACAGGGGAGCCCCGUCUCACAACCUGUCCCUGUAAAAACCCGGGGUGGGAACAGGGAAGCAAAGCCAUUUAUAAAGCUUUAAAACCAAUUAUGGUCCCAGGGGGCAGAUAAACAAUUCAGCGUUAUUCUCGCCAAAUUGCCUUGGCUGGCAGUGCGGAGGCUUCAAGGGAGCUGGAGAGGGGGGUGGCCCGAGUCACAACCAGGCGGCAGAGUGGCCUCCGCCAGGCUGUCACUAGGCCUGACCCGCAUGGCUCUGCCUCCAAGGCUUGGCCUGGGCUGUUCCCAGCACCAACAGGCCCUCUCCUUCUCCCAGCCCAUCCUUCACGGCCCGGCUCAGAAACUUCCUCCUCCAGGAAGUUUCUUUCGGUUCCUCCCCUAUCCAUUACCACCCUGAGCACCCAAGUCCUCCCCUGUUCUCUCAGGCACUCAGCUUUCUCAGAGCACAAGUAUCCUUGGGAGCCAAAGUGUCUGUAGCCCUUUCCCUUCUCUGCCUACCCUUGGAGGGUGUCAUCUGGCUUUAUUGCUUUAUCACUUGAUGCUUGUUUACAUUUUCAUAAUCCUGACUUUGUUGGGUGUCUAAAUCAUCUGGAUUCCUGGCAGGGCCGAUUAAAACUCCAAGUCCCCCAGAGCUGGGAGGAAUCAGUGUCUAAACCCUGCCACACCCAUCUUACAGAUAAGAAAACUGAAUCCAGGGAGAGGCCUCUGACCCAAGGUCACCAGCAAGAGUAGAGCAGGACGGAGGCCCCUCAGGCUCGUGUCACCUGGGCCACAGCUGAGUAGAGUCCUGGAGUCCCCAGGGAGGAGGCUGAAGGCUGUUGAUGGAGAAGGGGGCGGAUGACAGCCGGGACCGUGGUCAUCACCGGGGGCAUCUUGGCGACUGUGAUUCUGCUCUGCAUCAUCGCUGUUCUGUGCUACUGCCGGCUCCAGUACUACUGCUGCAAGAAGGACGAGUCGGAGGAGGACGAGGAAGAGCCGGACUUCGCCGUUCACUCGCACCUGCCCCCACUGCACUCCAACCGCAACCUGGUGCUGACCAACGGGCCGGCGCUCUACCCCACUGCCUCCACCUCCUUCAGCCAGAAGUCUCCGCAGGCCCGGGCCCUGUGCCGCAGCUGCUCCCACUGCGAGCCCCCCGCUUUCUUCCUGCAGGAGCCGCCGGAGGAGGAAGAGGACGUGCUGAACGGCGGGGAGCGCGUGCUCUACAAGAGCGUGAGCCAGGAGGACGUGGAGCUGCCCGCGGGGGGGUUCGGGGGCCUGCAGGCGCUCAACCCCAACCGCCUCUCGGCCAUGCGGGAGGCCUUCGCCCGGAGUCGCAGCAUCAGCACCGACGUGUGACCCGGGCCCGCCCCUGGGACCCUGGCCUGGAAGGUCCUGAGACCAUGGGGGGAUUCCUGUGGCACACCCACCUGGCCCCAGACCCCAAGUGGGGCUUGGCUGAGCCCUCCUCGAAUCCCUGUCCUCAGGGGAGGCCCAGGCUUGGGGAGCCCCCAGGCUCACGGCAGGGAUAAGGCUCAUUGAACACAAACGUGUCCUGGGGGGAGGCACAGCUGGGGCCUGGGGCCGGAAGGACCAGGUGACCAUACAGACGGCCGGGCAUGCACCAGGACUCUCAGGCUCGGAGGCCACCGAUACUCCUGAUGCCUCUGUCUCAGACCUAACAACUUGGCCAUCCCAGGAGGUCUCCAUGUGUCACCCCCUCCCUGGGUCUCAGCCUUCUCACCUGCUCAAGGAAGGGAUGACCUCAGUGAGGCCCAGGGCCCUGCAGCAAGGCCCUUCCUGGCAAUUGCAGACCAAGGAUUCUGCCCCUCCACCCUGAACUCCGGCCUCUCUCCCUCUAUUUUUCCCUCUCUCUCUCUCCCCUACCCGUCUCUCCCUCUCACACACACACUCUCCAGGGUUCAAGUGCCAAAUAUCUGCCCAGGCUGAGACACAUUGUGCCGAGCCCCCUGCAGAUGGACAGGUCGCCCCCGAGAAGGGAGACUUUCAGGGGCAGCAGGGUCCUUGGGAUGCUCAGCCCCGACCGGCUUUUUUAGGGGAAGAGGGAGGCACGGGGAGAGGGAGAGGCCAUGUCGCAGCCCACCUGCCGUGGGAGAGGCAACGCGGAAACGUAGAGACCCAGUGCUCAGCCAGAAACAGGGCCAGCGAGCGGCAGUGCACGGAGGCAGCCUGCGGCUCGUUAGGUUGGACAGAGCCGUGGCCCAGGGCUUGAAAACCCCUGAGUUCCCCAUGAGACUUGGCUGACCCUUCCCACCCUUGGGCCUCAGUCUCCCCAUCUUGUGUGAUGAGGGGCUGGUCACAGAGAGACCCUGAGGACAGAGGUCUUCAGGCUCUGGGUCUCAACAGGAACUGAGAGCUCCAAGGGAGACAGAGCUGCAGGUCACCUCCCCUACCUGCUUCUCAGCAGGACCUAGGAGGCCCGUCCCAGCUCCUGGUGGACCCUAAGCAGCUGGAGCCCACUGCUGCCAUCUGAAGACCUCAUCUGAGCCCACUCUCCCUCAAGCACACCCACCCAGGCUGAGGUCUCCUGGGAAUUUUCACCUGCUCUCCUGCUGCUAAGGAAAUGACGUCAGUGGUUACCCCAGAGAAAUGCCCCAAACCCCGGGACACCAGCCGUCAGGAAGGCAGCCCUUCCUCAACCAGAAAGAGGCAACUAUUUCCUCUCAGCAACCUGGCCCCAGGAGCCCCCUUCCCUCUCUGGGGCUCUCCCUCUCCUUCUGGGCCCUGCCAUGGAGCCCCAGGGCCGGGGCAGCCCCUCUCUGCCCAGGGAAGGCACCGUCCUCAAAGACAAGGCUUUGCAGGGCAGUGGCCUUCCCUGAGCUGAGGGGUGGCCUGCGCAGGACACUUCUUGCCCUUACUCAAAAACGAAAUCACCCGUUUCCAGAGGCUGGCGAAGACAUAAUUGUUAUGUUUUCAGUUGUUUACCUCUUCUUACUUUCUCCCCUGCCUGGUUUGGAUAGGCCAGUGGCAUUCGCCCUUGAGGUCCCUCGCAGCCCUGGCCCCCCGGGCCCGCCCACACCUCUGGCUUCCUCUGUGCGUCCUGUGACGUGUGUUUCUGAUGCGUCAGCGUGGGGGGUGGGCUGGGUGGGGUGGGGGUGAGGGCCCAGAGCUGGCCAGUGCUGUGGCUGUUCUGAUUCAAUGUCCCACUUCCUUUCUGGUCUCCAUUCUCUCUGUAGAUAUGUAGAUCUCUUUGAAACGAAGUAAACACCCAUCCCUCCCAGCUCACUCUUCUCCACCGUGGGGACCUGCUGGGGGAGCCGCUGGCUCCCUGAGGAUAAGUGAAAGCCAAUAAAACAUCUCCCACAUUC